AGCUAUUUUACUCCAGGAACUUCAUCACGGUGGCAAAACUUUCAACGAAUGUUUGAAGAGUUUCUGCUGCGGAAUCCGAGCAGCGGAAGAAACACAGUUCAAUGCAAUAUGGGAAGUUUAUUCAAUAGCCUUUAAACUCAGGUAACAUGGCAUUAAUCUGUCUUGUAAAGUAAGUAUUUAAUUACAACAGAGUUUGGCAUGUUUGACAAAAGUUCAUUCAGCAUGAAUGAAUGAGUCUUUUAGUCUCUGAACGCGGUUGAAUCGAGCGAAAAUGGAAUCGAAGUCAGUGGACGGAGAGGUGAAUGAUAAUACAUAUUUCCCCAAAACAGACUCGGCUGAUGCUAAGGUGACUUUUGAACACCGCAACCCACCGCCGGAAACGCGUUUAUAUAAAAAGAGAUGGGUCAUAGUGUUUUUAUUCAGCUCGUAUUCGCUGUGUAACUCCUACCAAUGGAUUCAAUACGGAAUCAUCAACAAUAUCUUCAUGCGCUUCUACAGCGUGGACUCUUUCACCAUUGACUGGAUGUCCAUGAUUUACAUGUUGACGUACAUUCCGCUUAUUUUCCCCGUCUCGUGGCUCUUGGAUAAAAAAGGGCUGAGGGUCAUCGCGCUUGUGGCCGCGGCUCUGAAUUGCACGGGCACGUGGAUCAAGGUGGCCAGCGCGAGACCGGACCUUUUCCCGGUAACAUUUUUGGGUCAGUUCAUAUGCUCAGUGGCUCAGGUGUUUAUCCUCGGGAUGCCCUCCCGCAUCGCAUCAGUGUGGUUCGGAUCGGAAGAAGUGUCCACUGCGUGCUCCAUCGGGGUCUUCGGAAAUCAGUUGGGGAUCGCCAUAGGCUUCCUUGUUCCUCCUAUGCUGGUUCCUAAUGUGGACGAUCUGGACGAGUUAGCGGCUCACAUCAGAGUCAUGUUCUACAUCACGGCCGGAGUGGCCACCUUCCUGUUUGUGUUGGUUGUCAUUGUGUUUCAGGAGCGUCCGGAGAUGCCUCCCACCCAUGCGCAAGCCGUGGCUCGGAGGAUCUCUCCAGAGAGCUACUCAUAUACAGCAUCGAUCUUCAGGCUGCUCCGUAACAAAGCCUUCAUGCUCCUCGUCAUCACUUAUGGGCUGAAUGUUGGCUGUUUCUAUGCUGUCAGUACACUUCUCAACCAAAUGAUCAUUGAACACUAUCCUGGAGAGGAGGUGAACGCCGGCAGGAUCGGCCUCACCAUCGUGAUCGCUGGCAUGGUGGGAUCCCUCAUCUGUGGGAUCUGGUUAGACCGAUCGAAGACAUACAAACAGACAACACUAGCCGUGUAUCUGAUGUCGCUUGUGGGUUUGGUGCUUUAUGCUUUUACCUUGGAUCUUGGUCACUUGUGGGUGGUCUUCAUCACAGCAGGAACCCUCGGGUUCUUCAUGACGGGUUACCUUCCACUCGGUUUUGAGUUUGCUGUUGAAUUGACUUACCCAGAAUCUGAAGGGACGUCUUCAGGACUUCUCAACUGCUCUGCACAGGUAUUUGGGAUCAUAUUUACAAUCUGUCAGGGGAAAAUCAUGGAUUCGUUUAAUACUCUGGCUGGGAAUCUCUUCCUGUGUGCCUUCCUGCUGAUAGGAACCAUCAUUACAGCUUGUAUCAAGUCAGAUCUGCGCAGACAAUUGGCAAACCAGCAAGCACUGGCAGCUGCAGCAUUGUGCAGGUCAGACGUUCAAGGAUCACAGUUGGACGUCUCUCCUCCCUUUAACACACAUGUGAUCAAUCAAUCACCGCGUGAUUUUAUUGCUCACGGUGGUUCAGGUCCAUAUGGAAGCAUCAGUGGCAGAAGCUUUUGAAGCCAAACUCUAACCUGAUCGCAGGACGGAUCGUGUGUGUGUGUGUGUGUGUGUGUGUGUGUGUGUGUGUGUGUGUGUGUGUGUGUGUGUGUGUGUGUGUGUGUGUGUGUGUGUGUGUGUUUGAAUUAAGUCCAGUGUUUAUAACAGCCAGGAAAUGAUCAGGUGUUUGUUUGUAUGGUGUGAUCAUUUCUUUGUUUACUUGAUCACUAAUCAUCUCAAGUAUGAUAUAUUCUAAUUAUUUCACUAGUUUAUCAAUUGAUUAUUUAAAUUAUUGUUAACAUUUCAAAUGUCUUAUUUCUCUAUAAACUACUUUUCAUUGAAAGUUUUGGGGAAAAAAUCCUAUCAUAAAUGUGGAGCAUUUCAUGAACUUUAUACAAACCAAAGUUCAACACAUUUAAAAAUACUGUGUUGGUUUCAAUCAGUGCAGUAAUGAGUACUGAAUAACUUUAUUUUUAUACAGUUUUUGUUUUGACCCUAAUUAAAAU